CCCGGACUACGGGGCUGCCGCCGGUGGCUGACUGACGUCUACGCUCGUCCCGGUGUUGCGUCACGACUCACGACCCGCCGUGCCGCCCAAGAUGCUAUAUACAGAGGCAGAAGCAUACGCCGGAAUCUUUUGGAUACUCAUAUAAUGAAAGACGUGGAACUAUGACAACUUGCUUAUAGAAGGUGAUCUGUCUCCUAUAGAUCGCGAUUUAUUCUUCAUCUACAACAGCAGCCAGGUUCAUUCACCAUGGCCAGCACCUUUACACUACCUUCGACAGACGGGCGCGUCGUCGCCAUCCUGGGCGGCGGCGUGCUCGGCCGGCGCAUCGCGUGCACUUGGGCAGCGGCCGGCUUCGACGUGACGAUCCGCGACCCGAGCGCCGAGCAACGCAUCGCGGCGCUGCACUACUGCGACGCCAGCAUGUCGCAGUACUCCCCAUCACCAUCACCAUCCUCGUCGUCGUCGUCGUCGUCGUCUCGCCGCGCCGGCACCGUCCAGGCCGUCGAGGACCUGUCCGCCGCCGUGGACAGGGCAUGGCUCGUCAUCGAGGCCGUCCCCGAGAAGCUGCCCCUCAAGGUCGCCACCUUCGCGGAGCUCGAGGCGCUCGCCCCCGCCGACGCCAUUCUGUGCAGCAACUCGUCGUCGUACAAGUCGCGCGAGAUGCUCGGCGGCCUGCGCGCGGCGGAGACGCGCCGCCGCGUGCUCAACAUGCACUACUACAUGCCGCCGGGGAACCGCAUCGUCGAGCUCAUGACGGAUGGCGAGACGGACGAGCGCAUCUUCCCUUUCCUCGUGGAGAGGCUUCGGCGGUGCGGCAUGAGCCCGUACGUGGCGCGCAGGGAGAGCACGGGCUUCAUCUUCAACCGCCUCUGGGCCGCCAUCAAGCGCGAGGUGCUCACCAUCCUCGCCGAGGGGGUGUCCACGCCCGAGGAGAUUGACACCCUGUGGAAGGAGAUGUGGCUGGGUAAUCACUCCGGCCCUGUGGCCAUGAUGGAUGCCGUCGGGCUCGAUACCGUGUCCCUGAUCGAGCGGCACUACAUCGCCGAGCGCGGCGGGCUGCUGCCCGACACGCCCGUCAGGUUCCUCCAGAGCUACAUCGACGCCGGCAGGCUGGGCGCCAAGUCGCCCAAGGGCGGCCUGCUCCCGCCCGGCGGCACGACGAGGGCCGUCGUCAACGGCGCGCGCGGGGACCACGACAACGUCCACGCCCCGCUGCUGUACCUGCUCGACAUCGGGCUGUCCGCCGAGAACCCCCUCGACGCCUACCGCGCCGGCCGCGUGCUCGUCGGCUCGCAGGACGCGCGCCCGCUCAAGGCCCUCGUGUCGAACCAGCACACGCCCGACGGCAUCGACAUCUCCCUGUCGGCCGGGAAGCUCUUCUGGACGAGCAUGGGGAUCCCGUCCGCCAACGACGGCGCCGUCUACAGCUGCGGGCUCGACGGCACCAGCGACGACCUCGUCACGGCCAUUGUGCCGCGCGGCGCCGUCCACACCCCCAAGCAGCUCACCGUCGACAACGUCAACUCGAAGCUCUACUUCUGUGACCGCGAGGGCCUGCGCGUCAUGCGCUGCGGCCUCGACGGCUCCGCGCUCGAGGUGCUCGUGCAGACGGGCGACUGGCGCGACGAGAGGCACCAGGCCGACCAGACGCGGUGGUGCGUCGGCGUCACCGUGUCGCCCGCGACGGGCAAGUUCUACUGGUCGCAAAAGGGACCCUCCAAGGGCGGCAAGGGCCGCAUCUUCCGCGCCGACAUGGCCUUUCGCGAGGGCGAGACGGCCGCUUCUCGCACCGACGUCGAGCUGCUCUUCCAGAACCUGCCCGAGCCCAUCGACCUCGACAUCGACGAGGCCGACAACACCCUGUACUGGACCGACCGCGGCGAGCUGCCCCUCGGCAACAGCAUCAACCGCGCCAGGCUGGACACGGUCAGCCCCGUCGAGGCCCCAAGCCGGCCGGGCAAGGACUACCAAGUCAUCGCCCGCGACAUGCACGAGGCCAUCGGCAUCAAGCUGGACCCGACCAACCGGCACAUGUACACCACCGAUCUGGGCGGCACCGUCUACCGGCUGGACAUGGACGGGGGCAAUCGGAAGAAGCUGUACGAAGGGUCAGGCGCGUUUGCAGGCAUCACCCUCGCAUACGUGUAACGAUGGCGUGUCCUGUGCAGCAAAGUUUAGAUAGCCAGUGUGUGAUAGACUUAAGAAUGUAUACGGUAUCGUACCUUG